UCUGCCCUGUCAUAUUAAUAAGAAAUGGGCUGCUGCUGGCGUCUGAAAAAUCAGUCGACUGGCGUGUAGUUCGGUCAUUCUGUGAAAAAAAAAAAGUUUUUAUUUUGGAAGAUGUCGAGUGUAGUAGAAUUGUAGGCGCGCGCCGACUCUGAAUUUCUAGGACCCUCCCCAUCCGCCAUUCCGCCUGCAGCAGAGAUAGGGCCCUGGUGAACCGGUAUACACUCAGUCUUCAUCUGGCCGUGUCGUCGUGCAGUGCAAGUGUUUGUGGCUCCCUCUUUCGCCGAUAGUUUUGCCAUCGACCGUUUUACUUGGCCACAUAAUAAUAAUAUCCACAUGCUACCAUGGAAUGGAGGGAGGUGAGAGCUUGCUGGCUACGUGAAUGGCUAAACUAUGCAACAGAGGAGAGUGGAGACCAGAUCACGGAAGCAGGAGCAUUCGGCCGCCGGCAAGGGUCUUAUUAGCCAUAAGGGUCAAUCAGUGGGCGGCUCGUCGGCUGACGUUGUCGCCCGUCUUCUAGUGCCACCACCACCACCCCCCAGUCAGACAGUGUACCCGGCUGGGACUUGCAGUGCAAUAAUCGACGAGUGCAGAACCGCCGUCGCCAUGUCCAACCAACACGAGUCAGCGGUCGUAGCCCGUCGCGUGCCCAAAAAGCGAAAAUUCGAUCCGGCCGAAUACGAACAAUCGGCUGAUCGGACGUCGCCUCGCCAUUACAACCAUUCUUCCCAAGUGCCAGCAGCAGUAGCAGCGGGAUCGAGCUCGGUGAUCUCAUCGUCUGUAGUAGUAGCCACCAUCCCAGCAGCUUUGACGACGGCCAGCAGCAGCAGUCCUCCCGUUCUUCUUCCUCGAGUCGCUACUCCUCCAGCGGCUCACGUCGAUCUCAACGAAUGGCGCUGCCAUCGUGUCCUGGCUAAAUCUGGCAGUCGCUACUUGACGGGAGUCAUCCGCAGUGGUCACGGACACAGUGACGUUCUCGUCCAGCUGGACGGACACGAGCAGCCGACACUCUAUUCAGAUGUCACUCGGGCCGGCAAAUUUGACGUCGUCAGCGAUGCCAGUCCUUCACCUUCCCAGUUGACACUGGGCGCCAGGGUGUGUCUCCGUGUCGACGAUCAUCCGCAGUUGUCCGUCUUUGUCGAAGGCGUCAUCUGCCAAAUAUCCAGUAAACCUAUACAGUACCUCGUUCGGACCAUCGGACAAAAUCCGGACGUCGAGCGUUGGAUCACCCGACCGUCUCUCCGUCUCCUACAACCCCCAUGGUGGGAAGAGUUGGAAAACGGACCUGAACCUUCAUCCACGCCGGUACCCAUACCGCCGCCAGCAACAGAAACUUAUCAGCCAGAUCCAGCAGUUGUCGUCAACCGAGUCGAUUAUCAUCACCACCACCAGCAACAGCAGCACGCCGACAGUUAUCACUCGUCUCGUCCACCGUCCACCGGUCCGCCGGUGGAAGUCCAUCUGGAGGCUAUCCAUCCCAACACUGAUGCCUUGGUGGUGACGACGACUCAGAGCGCCCAUUCCAGCGGCAGUGAAGAGCUUCUGCCUAGCCAGGCCGCUGGCCGGCCCGCCUUUCACGAGUACGACUACGGCGGUGAGAGUGACGAAGAUUUGAAACGUGAGGACAUCACCUUCCAUUCAGAAUCGGGAUACACGGUGGCUGGACGCUCGCUUUCGUUGACGCCAGGAGCGUUGGCAGAUGGCGUGGGAGGCGGCAUUGAUGGCAAAUUCUCCGGAAGCAGCGGAAGCAAGCGGAGUAGCAUGCAGAGUCGCGGGAGCAGUUGCAGCAUACUCGAUCCGUCUCCGGGCGGUAGUUUGACUCCUCGUUCCCAGCCGACGACGCCCAGUCCUUUCCCGGGCGCCCGCUCUCUCACUGGAACGCCGCAAAAGUAUAAAAAGGGCGACGUUGUGGCCGGUCCUAGCGGCAUCCGCAAAAAGUUCAACGGCAAACAAUGGCGCCGCCUCUGCUCCAAGGAGGGCUGCAACAAGGAGUCGCAGCGGAGGGGCUACUGCUCGAGGCACCUGAGCAUCAAAGGCAAAAGCCUGCGCUCCUCUGGUGGCGCAGGUGCUUCCUCGUCCAGUCUCGGCGGCCUAACGUUCCCAUCAGGUGGCAACAAGGCGUUCACCAAGGACGGCCAGGAGAUGGACUGGGAGGAAACGCUCUCGCGGGACUCUGUUGAGCCGUCUCCCUCGGGCAGCUACAGCACGAGCAACAGCACGCCGACGGCCGAAUCUGGAUUGCAGCGAUCCCUCAGGAUCGGUGGAGGAGCUUUGAUUGCCGGCAGCAGUGGCGGAAGGGACGGCCUGUCUUUGGAGGAAACGGAAGCGGCCAACAUGUUAGUUUCGCUCAGCAAUUCGCGCUCAACUACGCCGGCCACUCAUUACGGACUGGCCACGGAUCUCUCGUCAACAUCGCGACUCCUUCAAUCGCCGCCAAACUCUCACGUCCUGACGGUUGGCAUGCGCCACAAUUUGUUUCUGCCCAUUUCUCAGCCGACUGCCACUAGCACGGCCGCCUUGUCCACUUCGAUGGGAUUCCAUCGCAGCCAGUUGGGGUCUUAUUCGCAUUGUAAAGAGCAACCCAUUAUCCGGCCGGUAGGCCACUCGACCCCCAGGGCCAUUAUUCCGUCUCUCGCUUCCUAUCACCACCACCACCCACUGCACCAGCAUCCAGGAGUUAUCCGGCCGGAAUCACAGCGGCCCGGUUUAAUUCCCGCUUCGUCUACUACUACGAGUGUCAUCAGGAUCUCGCCGACCACCCAACACAUGGCUCAACAACAACAUCCGGUCAGCUUUACACCACCUAUCGUCGCCAGUCAAGCUCAGAGUAAUCAGUCGCCCUCGUCGUACCCGUUGAAUUUGCAGCAACAACACCAACACCAGUCGUUUCACCAUAAUAUGAUGGAUGGAUCUUCUACCACGUCGCCAGGACAGUAUCAACAGCAAACUGGCGAGGAAGCAGCCAAACUGUGGUACAGACAAAAACAUCAGUCGGGUCAACAACAAGGUGGUCCUCCGCUGCUUCAUCAAGCCCUGACGGGCAAUGCUCACUCACACCAACAGCAGCAGCAACGGUCUUCGACGUUGACGGUGAUUCAAACUGGACACAACCAACAGGGCGGAUUGUCGACAUCCAGUGGAGUCCUGAUCGCCCCCAGCAACGUUCCGCUUAACCUUCAUGUAGGCAAGAGCAACGCGGCCCUUCAUCAGCCUUCGUCGGGCGGACAGUCGAGUUAUUCCAUCAUCAGUCUAGUGCAACCGGAAUCAUCGACUCCUGCCCAUCAUCAUCAGCAGUCCAACCACCAGCAGCAGCAUGUCGGAGCUGAAGAUCAUUUUCAAGCCACUGCUAUCCGUCCGGCGCCGUUAUAUUACUUGAUCCCAUCGAAAAGUCUAGUAGACAAUCCUCCUCCUUCUUCAUCCGCUCACGUGUCUGUCCGAUCUAAUAACGGCAACAACCAGAACGAGGAGGAAGACGGCCGACCAGGUAUUAUCAAAUCAUCUGCGUUGAAAGGAGCGUCGAAAAAGGAACGAUCCGCUUCCCCAGCCGCUGUCAAUCAGCAGCAGCAGCAGUGGUGGUCUCAGCAGCAGCAGCAGAAUCCGGCCCGGAACGGCCUCAAUUCCACUCGAGUGGGUGGUGUUUCAGCUUUCCAGUCUGUGUCUGCCGAGAAGCCGGGCCACAACGAAAUGGGCCCCCAUAAGCGCGAGGAAAACGGUUUGAAACCGUCGCUAGAUUCUUCAUCGACUACAGAAGCAGCAGCAGCAGCAGCGCCAUUGGUGAACCUUGAAAACGGCGGCGGUGGCGGUCGGGUAGCGUCUAGGGAAUCGGUGGGUGAACGGCGCCGUUCAUCCGUCACGCAAGAUCUGACCGAGUACACCUACUCUGUCGCCGGGGAACCAGAUGCCGAGGUUGCCGACGACGACGACGUCUUUGAAAUGGAAGCCGCUGGCGGCGGAGGAGGCGAGCCGGUUGCGCCUGGAAACAGUUCCGGAGGAGGAGGAGGAGGAGGUGUGGGAGGGACUUUGAGCGAAGCGAAACGCCGCACUCAGUCGUUGGGAUCCUUGACAGGAGAACCUAAAAGCCCACGCAAGGCAAAAGAAAAAGAUCACGUUCGACGGCCCAUGAAUGCCUUCAUGAUCUUCAGCAAGAGACACCGAGCCCUGGUUCACCAGCGCCAUCCCAAUCAGGACAAUCGAACUGUUUCCAAGAUUCUCGGCGAAUGGUGGUAUUCCUUGGGGCCACAGGAGAAACAAAAAUACCAUGAUCUAGCUUUUCAGGUUAAAGAAGCUCAUUUUAAAGCCCAUCCGGAAUGGAAGUGGUGCAGUAAAGAUCGACGCAAAUCUGGAUCGACCAGUUCGUCCAAAGGCGAUAGCAAGGAGCCCCGUGGUACACUUGGCUCCACCGGAGACUUGUCGGCGGAAGAACCUAAAGUUGAUCCGCCUGUUGUUCCACAAUCUCAUCUUUCAUCGGUCAUGGGACCACCUUCUGCUGAAUCAACUCUUAAUCUCAAUGGACAUCAGACAAAAGCCAACAAACUUCGUCGCCAGGCGCUGAGUGAAGAUCUUUCCGAUGACGAUCGCAUGGUUAUUUGCGAGGAAACAGCUGAGCCUACUGGACCUGAAAUCGACCUCCAGUGUCGUGAACAUGUUGUCUCUGACACGGAAUCAGAAGCUGAAAACCAGUGCGACGUGCCCACCAGUACUCCCUCACUGAUGCAGCGGGAGCCGGCAGUCUUUCCUCAGCAACCGUUUGGCAGUCCAUCUUCCAUGGGGCCAAAUAACUCUGAAGUUACUCAUCGUCCUAAAGCCAUUAAAGCCAAACCGGCUCCUUUAUUUGAGGGCGACCCUAGGCCGGUUGCGUCCGACUUGUUCACCGGAGCACCCAGUGGUCCAGUCGGCCCCCAGAUUUUUCAUCCAACGGGAGGAGCGUUCAAGAGCAUGCCGUCGCCUAAAGUGACGUUUCAUCCAUCCUUUGAAUUUCCCAAGUCUAGUCCCAAAGAUGCGAAAGAAGACGGGAAAAGGUGGCCGGGAUCUGUGCCCAGCAGUCCAGUCACCAAAGAAGACCCCACCAUCGAAACCAAACGACCGAAAACCCCUCCGCACUCGUCGAGCGGGAUUUAUCCGACCCUCGGUCCGUAUUUCGGGCAGUAUGACAAUAUGAUGCACUCUCCAUUUUACCGUCCGGGACCGUCCAACGUUUCUCACGGCUUACCUAUUUCGAGUGGUUAUGCUCAGUCAACAAUGGUGAUCCCUUCCGGACCUUCUUAUACCUCCAUGUCCAACAAACAUCAGCUGCAAGCUGGAUUCUACCCUCCUCCGCACGCGCUUUCAGUUCGCCCCACAACUUCCCAGCACGAGCAGACCUACGUGUCGGCUGCCGCCCAGCAAAAUCAACAGAAUCACGUCACUCCCACUUGGUCGUUGAAGCCGUCGGUGAUUGUCAGCAAGGCUCCUUCGUCGGGACCAACCAGUAGUGGAAAUCAUUCUUUACCUCCAGCUGGAAGCAUUUCCAACGGGACUCCUAUUCGACCGCCUUCACGUGAACCGAUCCCGACAUCUUCAUCGGCUCCUCCGUGUUACACAGUCAUGAACAUGAAGUCAGGAACGCUGUGCGGCACACUGACUCCUGUUACCCUGAAUGAUUUGUCGAGGCCCGCUCGAAUCAAGGCCGUCACUGCGACUAUUCCGGUGGCCAGUGAGAUGGAGUACGCCCAGCCUGCGUCCAGUCCCAACACCAGCCACAACAACAGCAACAGCAGCGCGUCGAGACAGAGCAGCACUCCCAGCACGCCCAGUACGCCCGGCGUUUUGACUCAUCCGAGCGAUCCACCUGGAUUGAUGCCUCCUCCGGAAUUGCCGAAAUUUGUUUUGGCGCCGACUCCUGCUCAGUUGGGCAGGGCUCCUUUCCAGCGUAGGCAAUCGUCAACUCAGCCUCUGUCGCCAUCGGGAUCGUCUUCUCACAGUGGUGAAGAGGAACCGAUCAGUCCAGGCGGUGGAUUUGGAUCGGCUCCUCUGUGCAGUCCAACUGUCGGGUCAGCCGUCGUUUCCGGAGGUUUUACAAUUCCCACAUCGACACCUUCGACCCCUAGCGUGCCACCUUCUCCAAGUCAACACAGCGCACAACAAGCUGCCGCCAAGAAGAAUAUGUUUAAACGAACCAAAGAUGAUGGGAUGGACAAGGUGUUGGAGCAAGUGAAUUUCGACGAGAAAUUUUCCCACCUGCCGGAAUUCAAUCCCGCUGAUUGCCAAUCACCGAGUGCUCUUUCAUUACCAUCCAGCCCGCGAGUGUUCGUGCAAAACUAUCGUCGAAAGCGAGUCGCUUCGACAACGGAAGAAGAAGGAGAUUCUGACGUGUCAAACACAAGUGCUACACCGCAGUCUGGAGCUGUUGUAGGACACAAGUUUUUUGGGCCAGACUUUAGUCUGGAUGCUUUCAAAGCCGAAGGUAAUGAGGGAGACGUCUGCCUGUCUCCCGGUACUCCGAAAACCCCGGCCACAGGAAAGGAAAGUGCAGAGAAAAACUUUUCCUCGUUAAGAAGAAUCUUGGAUCAAAGAAGACAGUUGGUGAUUCAACUUUUCCAAGAGCAUGGUUUCUUCCCAUCGACACAGGCAACCAGUCUUUUCCAGGCACUGCACCACGAUACUUUUCCAACUAAACAGUGUCUCCAAUUGAAAAUUCGCGAGGUUCGCCAGAAAAUGAUGGCACAGACUACUACUACUACUACACCGGCUAGCGGCAAUAAUGUGGCUCCCCCCAAUGUUUCUGGUGGCAACAACAAUAAUGCCUCGGGAUUCAGUGGUGGUGGCGGUGGAUCGAACGAGGUAAUCGAUGGCGAAGGGAGUGAAACGAUCGAUUUGGCCCAGGCUGCUGAUGCAGGCUGUUAGAAAUUGUGUCAACUUCAAAUAACCGCAUAAUGUCGAUCUUGGGUGAACGAGACUGUUUUUUGGGUGACAAUCACGCAACGUUAUGGAUAUUAGUGUCUGAUUUUUUUAAUUGGGAAAUUCAGCACGUAAUACUCCCAGAUACUCGCAAGGAGGAUUUAAAAAAACAAAAAAAAAAGUUGUUGAUUUCGUUUUUGAUUCUUUGAUUUGUUAGGUUGAUCAUUUCACAAUUUUUUAAAUGGUAUACAGCAAAAACCCUUUU